GCCAUUUGAUAAUUUGGGCAUAGACAGUGCGGAUCGAUCGUUAAGCAAUGAAUCGAUUAGUUGUUGUUGCCAUUGAUUUCGGGACAACUUACUCGGGAUGGGCGUUUUCAUACAGGCAUGAGUAUGAACGAGAUCCCCUCAAAAUAUCAGCAAAGAUGUUUCAGGGAAAUACUUUAUCACUUAAAGUUCCAACCUGCAUUCUAAUCAAAUCUGACGGAAAAACAACAGACUCAUUUGGUUAUAAUGCUGAAGAUAAAUAUGCAGAAAUAUGUGAAGAGAAAGAACAACAUCAAUGGUUUUUCUUUAAAAGAUUUAAAAUGAUGCUUUUUAAAGAUGAGGGCAUGACAAGACGUGAUACAAUCGAAGAUGAGACUGGUAAGAAGCUACCGGCACUACAGGUUUUCUCGUUAUCUAUUGAGUACUUGAUGAAGGAUGUUCUUGAUACUCUAAACAAUCAGGUUAGCACGCGUAUCGAUGUUUCUGAUGUACAAUGGGUUCUUACUGUUCCUGCAAUAUGGAACGAUGCAGCUAAACAGUUUAUGAGAGAGGCAGCACAGAAGGCGUUGAUUCCAGAAGAGAACCUUACCAUAUGUCUUGAACCAGAAGCAGCCUCGGUGUAUUGUCGUCAUCUUCCAGUAUCCAAAGAAGAAACAUCACUUGGUCAAUUUUCAUCAGGAACAAAGUAUCUUGUUUUGGAUGCAGGAGGUGGUACAGUUGACAUAACUGUUCAUGAAGUGAACGACCAGGGAAACUUGAAGGAACUUCAUCAACCAAGCGGAGGUGCUUGGGGCGGAACUAAAGUAGACGAAGCAUAUGAAGCGUUCCUUACAAGUAUUGUUGGUGCUAGAAUUUUUGCAAAAUUCAAAACAGAUCAUUUGGAUGAUUACUUCGAACUGUAUCGUAACUUUGAAAAAGACAAACGACAAAUUUCUCCGACCAAACUAGAUGGAAAAGUGACGAUGCGUAUAAUACCUUCCCUUUCUAAACUUUGUAAAGAUAUGGCUGGACUUGACUUAAAAGAAUUAUUUCAACAGUCAAAAUUCAGCAGCAACAUCAAAGUUGUGGGCGAAAAGCUGAGAAUUAAUGCUGAAGUAUUCGCUGAAUUUUUCAAACCAACCGUUCGCAGAAUAAUCAGCCAUGUUGCAUAUUUACUUACCAAACCUGUUGUUCAGGGCUGUGCUGCCAUCCUAAUGGUUGGUGGGUUUUCCGAAUCACCUAUGCUGCAAGAGAAUGUGAAGACUUCCUUUAAAGAUAUGAGAGUUAUCGUUCCAGGCGAUGCAGGAUUAGCAGUUUUAAAAGGAGCUGUCAUCUUUGGUCAUGAGCCUACAACAAUAAUGGAGAGGAUAUGCAAGUAUACAUAUGGGUAUAAAACAACUCAUACGUACAAAGAUAGUUGCAAUCAUCCUAAAGGAAGGGUUGAAAAGGAUAAUAAUGGUGAAUUACGAUGUUAUGAUAUCUUUAGCAUUUAUGUAAAAGCAGGGCAGUCAGUCAAGGUGGAUGAGGAACAACCAGAAGAAAUAUGCAAUCCUAUAAACGCUGAUCAAACUGUCAUUGCUUUCGAUGUAUAUGCAUCCUCCUCAAGAAACCCGAAGCUUACUACAGAAGAUGGAUGCAGUUUGGUUGGAAAAUUAAAGGUGCCUAUUUCUGACACAAGCUCUGGAAGAAAACAUAAAUUUGGAAUAAGUUUGAUUUUUGGAGGUACCGAGAUUGUUGUAAAAGUCGUUGACAAGGAGUCCGGCGAAAUUAUGCUAAAAUCUGUCGAUUUUCUUGGUUAGAAUAUAACCAAACUAAAUCAGAACACAAAACAGACAUAUAUACUUUUUUUAUUGUUUAAUUUGUUUGGGAGUUAGAGUAAUCAUAUAUACAGAAUGCAUGUAACAUAAUUAUUGUUUUGUUUUAUUGCUUGAAGCUCAUUGCGUUAAUAUCACAAUCCUUUCAUAAUAUUGCUAAAGAUUGCUUUUGUAUAUUAUAUAUCUUAAUUUUGUAAAGCAUUCCGUUCAUUUUCUGUCGUGGACAAUCAACAUUUUGAUGGCAUUUGAAUGCAAUUGAUAUUGCAACAUCCAUUAGUCUUACUCACUAUUAUAUAAUAACUCUUAUUAUCAUACUUAAAAGUUAGAAAAUGUACUGAAUCGUUGAAAAAUUAUGUAUGUUCUUAAUGAUUACAUAAACUUCUACAAUUAUUUUAACUCUUUAAUUAUCUAGUUAAAGCAAAAGAUCAGAAUUUGUGUCUGAAUGAUUUUUCCAUUAGUAUGAUUGAAUUGUAUUCAACAUUUCCUUAUGUACUAGAGUAUAUGCUUUCAUUUUAAGUAUUAUAUCAUGUAUUGAUCAGGAGUGUAAACUAACUCAAAUUAUCUAUUAAUUUAUCAUGUGUAGUGAAUAAAAGCAAAAUAAC